UUACGAACAAUUUCUCCAACCGAAACUUCAAAGUCUAUGGAUAUUGUUUAUUGUAUAAUUACAAAAUAAAUGUAUUUUUUCGGUCAGAUAUCAUAGAGAGACCAGGAUGACAAGUCGACGAUUCAGCCAGAUUUCUCAAGAGGAUAAUAGUAGUAGUGAAGAAGAAAUUCCCAUUGAAGAAAAUGUUGGUCAAGCUAAACUUCAUUCUAGUUCUAUAAACAAGAAAAUUCGGAACACUGAAAACACGCCGACUGAGGAAAAAAGCGGGUUAAAUCCCCUUACUUGGGAAAAGAAGGAGCUGUUAGAGAGGAGGAAUCAAUUGUACAGUCAAAUAUAUUUGUUAGAGCAAGAUAUUGUACGAUUCCAAAAACAGACUUUGGAUCCAAACUUACAGAAGCAAGAACAUCAAAUGCUUAAGGAGCUCGUUGGGUUAUUCUUCGAGACUUCACCGGCUUCGGAAGAUAGACAGUCUACUAAAAACGACAGUAAUGAUGUUUUUAUUCCUUCUGCGGCACCUAAUAUUAAUCGCCCAGUUAGGGUCUCUUUUUCAGGACUACGGAUUCUUACCCACCAGUCUACAGAUGUGAGCGAUGUACAUUGCAUGCACGAAUUUAAGGGAUUAUCUGAUUUUUUUCCGUUUUUGGAUUUUCAUAUGUAUAUCCAUAUUCGUACAACUGAUUAUGCUAUCCUUGAGAUGUUUAGUACGGUAGCUUCAUUUGCAAGAAACGAGCUUCAAUCUGUGUUAGAGAAAUCAGCGAAUGCAAGGGAUGUAGUGACAGCAUUAAGGGCAAUCUCAAUGUUUGGAUAUUAUCAUGCAAUUCGCUCCGACGAUUGGACAUAUUUUUUAAGUAAAUUCGAUGGGUUAGCGAGAGUCGAUUUAACUACAUCUGAGCUACAUGUUCAAAGUAAACUAUACAAGGUUUCGUUACAGCAUAACAUCUGUUUUGACGAGUUUGGAUUUGCCAAAGCGGCAUAUAACAUAUUAUUUAGACCAAAAAAAAUACCCCAAAAGAGCGAAGAGUCUAUUUCAUUACUUACAAAAAAAAUUAAUCAUCGAUUCCAUGAAUUAAUCAGUCUUUUCGGAUUUCGGAAAGGUUCUGAAAUCUUACUAGAGAUAUUGUUUAAACCAGCCAACGGAUAAGAAUCAGGGUAUAUUAAUAGGGAAACGAAUUGGAUCGCAUCGGACAAAACGCACUAAAAAAUAGAGUUUAUAGAAAUAGAAUGAAAAAUUCGAUGUGAAUAUAUACAGUUUAAGAAUGCUUUGGAAACUCUGAGUACUCCACCUCACGCUUUACACCUGCUUCCGGUAGUUGUACAGACUCCAUCACUCGGUUGAUCGACUCAAGUGGCGACCGCUCCUUUUUCACCUUUUUAGAAGGAGAUUGAGGCUUUGUAACUUUGGUGGAAGCAGUGAGUUUUGCUUGCCCUGAAGUCCGUUUCUUGGCAGCUAAAGAAGUGUUUGAGUGAGCCUUUGGUCUCCACCUGGGAGCUUCUAAAUAAGGCUUCAUAGUACGAAUAGCAGCCUGACAAUCUCCUUCAACGAUAAUAUCACACAAGUUCGAAAACUCCUUUGUAGGAGAAUCAAAAUUCAGCCAAAUUACUGACCCUUUCUGACGGUGAACGCAAUUACUCAUUUCCUUUAUGAUUCUUUUAACGCCGGGAAUUUUACAGGAAGUACCUGCAAUGACCAAACAGUCAGGCCUUGAUUUCAAAUCCUGCGAACACACGGCUCCAAUUGCGUCUGAAUCUGGAUGCCCUUCAUUAUAAAGCACAAUUCGUGGACGUAAACAUCCUUCCAUGACAAGUCGCUUUCCAGCAAUGCGACGGACCUCAUUUUCAGUCCUGCAUUCGGGGCAAGCCGUCAGACCAUCUUUCUCGAAGAGACCAGGAUGGAAGGGUCGGACAAAGGGACAUCUCGUACAUCUAACAACUUCUAAUGUCCCAUGGAGUGGGAUAGUGGUAGGCCAAGGCGCUGUUUGAGGCAAGGGAGUGCACGUUUGGAGACCUUCAAGCCGGGUUUCAAGGAAAUCUAUAUUUUGAGUAUACAAACGAAGAAGUUUGGAAUCCUGGGCUAGUUUUGACAAAAAAUGAUGAAAGUCGGUGGGGGCAGCAUUGUCUGAAAGUUCAUGAAGCUUUUUAAUCAUUUCAUGAAAAACGUUUACACUUUUGAGAUCGCGAUACACUCCUCCAUCAAAUAGUUCUUUUCCUGAACAAUUUAAUUUAUACUCUGACCGGAGAGAAGAGAAGAGACCAACGGAGGACCGAAAAUCAGGAAUACCUGCUCCACACGAAAUGCCAGCACCUGUACAAAUUGUUAGAAUAAAUCUGAAAAUGCAUUAAAUUUCAUCUCACAGGAUCUGUGAGUUCCAGAUGACAAAUAACAUACCGGUAACGAUCACUAUUCGUUUUGCUUUUCUUAAAGCGGCAAUUGCAGGAUUCAAAUCAACAUUGUCUGAAGAAAGCUGAAUCUUAAUGGGAGAAUCUGCAAUUUGUUCGUGGCUUUUCAGUCCCGUCUCGGUGGAUUGCAAUUUUCUUUUCUUUGACUCAUCAUUGAUGGGGAGCAGCUCAUCCGGCUUCAUAUUUUCAAGACAAAAUGAAAACGAUAUUAUUCGUUUUUUUGUAAAUUUUAUGAAUUACGUCCAAGAAUCGACAUUUAGGGUACUUUCCCGUUAUUUAGAGAAGUUUGGGGUAAGUGAUGGUGAUGUGUAAUGGACACACAUAUGGGUCAGGAAUUGGAAAGACUCUUCCAAGGGAGUGUUGAGUUGACAGUUUAUAAACAUAUGUUUCAUAAACAAAACAUAAUGGAAGAACCUUACAGAGGAUGAAACCAGCAAGUUUGAAGACUUUUCGAAGAUAUAUAUGUUUAUUCGAAUAAAAGAACAUAAUUUGAAUCAAUUAUUUUUUUGGGGUUUUUAUGUGUCUAUAAAGCGGCAAUCCGAGAUUUAGAAACCGGUCUUUGUUGAGCAAUGAAAAAGCUAGCCUUUUUCGUCCAAACCUCCUGGGUAAACCUAAUCAUUCAAUUCAAUUGUAAAGUUCAUUCUACCUCAAUUGUUAGGGACAAUUUCAACGAUGAGUGAACAUUUUCACCAAAAGUGCUUCAUAUUCCAAUUGGGAUAUGCACUGUUGCGAAUCUAAAGGAAUAGGUGUUUCAAGUGAGUAUAUAAGUUUUGUUAAAAUUGGUUGGCUUUCCUUCUUUUUCACUUUUGAUUUUACAAGUGACUUUCAUGUUGCUACGUGCUGGAGCCAAAGAACAGAAGAAGAAUACUAAGUGCAGCUUUUGUAUUUCAUUCUUCAUUCCUAGUUGAAAAAGCUAUAUACGCUAGUACUCACAUUAGAGUCGGUAUCUACUCUAUAGAUCAAGUUCACUUUGGGCUGACUCGAAUAAAAGCAAAUGAAAAGAGAAUAAAGUGAAUUUAGAAGUGAGUAAUUGAAUAAAUAAAACAUAGAUUAUAAAUACACAUAAUUCGUCAGCAUCGUCACAGGAAAC